AGUGGUAUAUGUAUAAGUUUAAUAAUUUAGACAAUUUUAAUUUAAUUAAGACAGCAUAAAUUCGUAUAAAAUUCGUCUGGGUAUCCACGGGUGUGUUGCAAGCGCUCUACCAUUCGAUUCGGGAACCUCUUUGCUGAAACUCGGGUGGUUCCCUAGAACUGAGUCACAACCUCCAUCUGGAAUGUCUUCGAAAAAAAACUCAUUUACCGACUUCAGCGAACGGCUGUCGGUCCAUGUGGAAAGGAUCUUUCGAAACGACACCACAUGGAAGCGACAGGAUCUAAUGACUCUGCACAUGACCAUCUGUGAGCUGUGUUGCACCGUGUUAAGUGAAAGCAAACGCAGCCAGGAAGCCGGUAAAAAGGUAUACCUCGCCUUAACGAAUUUUCUAACCAUUAGACUUAGAAGCAUAGUCGCGGAGCUAGAGUCAAUAAACGACGAACAGGAGUUGCUCCGUGAGUAUCACCGCUGCUGGAAAUCCUACCAGGCUUCUGCCACUGUUCUGGAUAUCGGGUGUAGCUACUUAAACGAGAAUUGGGUAAAAAGAGAGCGGCUGGAAGGCCGUGACCAUGUGUAUACGAUCUACCGUCUGGCUAUGAUUACGUGGAAAACAGUUAUAUUCAGUCCGAUUGAUCGAUCUCUUAUCAAUGCUAUUCAUCACACUAUGGUGGAGGAAAUACACGCACAGUCCAUUAACCCCUCCAGAAUAUAUACCGUGUUGGAGUCGAUCGUCGAUAUGUUUGCAAAUGACGUAAAUCAGUCUUGCUCUGUGCUAGAAAAAAUGAACAACGUAUUUGAAGCAAAAGUUUUAAAGUUUUUCGAAGCUGAAUCGAAAACUUUGUUCCGAAGCAUAGUGGGAUCAGACUCGCAUAAAGAACUGAAACAUUUCGUGAAGUGUGCCGUAUCAUGCAUUCCUUGGAUUGAGCACGAGUUCUGCCAAAUCCUGAGCGAACACCUUGAGUGCUUGCUGCAGAAUGACAUUAGCAGAUGCACCAGGGACUAUGGCAGGGACUAUGUUCAUGCCAUGUUGUCCCUGCGUAAACUUCCGUUGUUAAGGGCUUUCGAUAGCAUAGAACUUUUGGCUGUCGCUGAUCUAGUGCGCGUUAAGGUGAUAAACAAAAUAUCCGAUGGCGCAGAAGAGGGGAAUCCACCGAAAAUGCUCGCCCUAUACUGUCAUAAGCUACUAAAAAAGAAUCAAUGUUCCGAAAUGCUCAAAAAUGAAUUGAAAAGAAUUGUAGAGGUUGCGGCAUUUUUGAAUAAUGAGAACAAGAAACUAUUUACGAAAACAUACUUAACACUACUGCACAAGCGACGUAUCGAUUAUACAUACGAUAUAUACGAUUAUACUUCGUAUGAAAAGGAAUCAUUUAUGAUCUCAAUGCUAAGGAAGGAUCUUGGGGGUGAUUUCGUAGAAAGAAUCUAUACAAAUGAAAUGGCGGCUUCGAAAGAUGUACACGCAAGGUGCCAGGACGUCCUGCUGGGAAUAGGCUUAAAAGUGGGAAUUCAAUUGCGUAUGACGUUCUUUAAAGUCACAAAGCUCCCGGAGUUAAGUAAUGCCAUGAGAUUGCCCUUGGAACUGGAGCAGUCCGUCAGUGAAUUCAAAGUAUUUUGGUCUCAACAGUAUACAAAAUAUGGGCUCUACUUAAAUAUACAAAAGUCUCAGGGCGAGCUAACCAUGAACGUGAGUUCCCUGAAGUGUUAUACUCUCCAGGUAAACACCUUGCAAAUGGCCCUGCUGCUGCAGUUUAAUCAUCAGAACAUUUUCGCUGUCCAGAAAUUGGCCGAAAAUGUUGGAACCAGCCCGGAGACCCUAAUUACGGCAUUGCGUCCACUGAUUGACCGCAAGGUGUUGAUCGUCGGUAAAAAUUCAGCAGCCUUGACGCCGGCAUCUUGCAUAACUGUGUGCACUGAUUAUAACAGCAAGAAGUCGCUUAUAAACAUUACAAAUGCUCCAGUCGGUAGGGUACCUGAAACCAAUACUCCUAAAUUAAAGACGGCAGAGCUGGAUGCAGCAAUAGUGCGCAUCAUGGAAAGAGAGAAGCAGUUGAAACCACAAUUGCUGAUAUAUCAAGUCAUCAAGGAACACAACCUCGGCUUGUGUCCCAUUAAAUUGAUUAAAGGUCGUAUUGAGAAUUUUAUGGAAAAAAAAUACCUGGAGCUUUCAUCGGACAAAAUGUUAGUUAAACUAUCCAAAUGUACGAAAGACUAAAUAAUAACGAGGAGUCUCAACUUUUAUAUACGGUACUCAGUAGACGUCCUAAGUGGUUUUUCAUACCCGGUACUCGAAGAGUAAAUAGGGUA